UGUCUCCGCGGCUCGUCUCCUCAGUCCGCCCCGGGAGGAGGAGGAGGAGCGGGGCCAGCCGCCGCCGCCGCCGCCGUCCCAGCCUCGCCCAGCGCACCUGAACUCGCCUCGCCGACCCGGGCCCCCGCGCCGCGCCCCGCGCCCCCGGCGCCCGGCCCGCGCGCAGCGCUGCUUCGGUGCCCCGGCGGGGCGCGUCCCCCCGGCCGCCUCCCGCUCUCCCGCGGCUCGCGUGGCCGCGCCUUUGUGUGCGGCGGCCGCGGCUCCCGAGCUCCUCGGGCUCUGGUCCCGGCGCCCCUCCGGCCGCGAGUCCCGCGCGCCACCCCCGGGCGCCCUCGACGGUGGAUCUAGCGGCGGCGAGGAGGCGGGUCCCGGCCCCGGCGAACCCCAGUCCCGGCCCCCGGCCCCGGGCCCAGCUUCGGCAUGGAUGUGAGGUUCUACCCCGCGGCGGCCGGGGACCCUGCCAGCCUGGACUUCGCGCAGUGCCUGGGGUACUACGGCUACAGCAAGUUUGGAAAUAAUAAUAACUAUAUGAAUAUGGCUGAGGCGAACAAUGCGUUCUUCGCUGCCAGUGAGCAGACAUUCCACACACCAAGCCUUGGGGACGAGGAAUUCGAAAUUCCACCAAUCACGCCUCCUCCAGAGUCAGACCCUGCCCUAGGCAUGCCGGAUGUACUGCUACCCUUUCAAGCCCUCAGCGAUCCAUUGCCUUCCCAGGGAAGUGAAUUCACACCCCAGUUUCCCCCUCAAAGCCUGGACCUCCCUUCCAUUACAAUCUCAAGAAAUCUCGUGGAACAAGAUGGCGUGCUUCAUAGCAGUGGGUUGCAUAUGGAUCAGAGCCACACACAAGUGUCCCAGUACCGGCAGGAUCCCUCCCUGAUCAUGCGGUCCAUCGUCCACAUGACCGAUGCUGCGCGUUCUGGGGUCAUGCCUCCUGCCCAGCUCACCACCAUCAACCAGUCUCAGCUCAGCGCCCAGUUAGGGUUGAAUUUGGGAGGUGCCAGUAUGCCUCACACAUCUCCUUCACCUCCAGCAAGCAAAUCAGCCACUCCCUCCCCUUCCAGCUCCAUCAAUGAAGAGGAUGCUGAUGAAGCCAACAGAGCCAUUGGAGAGAAAAGAGCUGCUCCAGACUCUGGCAAGAAGCCCAAGACUCCAAAGAAAAAGAAAAAGAAAGAUCCCAAUGAGCCACAGAAGCCAGUGUCAGCAUAUGCCCUGUUUUUCAGAGACACACAGGCUGCAAUUAAAGGUCAAAACCCUAAUGCAACCUUUGGAGAGGUCUCAAAAAUUGUAGCAUCUAUGUGGGACAGCCUUGGAGAAGAACAAAAGCAGGUAUAUAAAAGGAAAACAGAAGCUGCCAAAAAAGAAUACCUGAAGGCCCUGGCGGCAUACAGGGCCAGCCUCGUUUCUAAGGCUGCUGCUGAGUCAGCAGAAGCCCAGACCAUCCGUUCUGUUCAGCAGACCCUGGCGUCGACCAAUCUAACAUCCUCUCUCCUUCUCAACACUCCACUGUCUCAACAUGGAACAGUGUCAGCAUCACCUCAGACUCUCCAGCAAUCCCUCCCUAGGUCAAUCGCUCCCAAACCCUUAACCAUGAGACUCCCCAUGAACCAGAUUGUCACAUCAGUCACCAUUGCAGCCAACAUGCCCUCGAACAUUGGGGCUCCACUGAUAAGCUCCAUGGGAACGACCAUGGUUGGCUCAGCACCCUCCACCCAAGUGAGUCCUUCGGUGCAAACCCAGCAGCAUCAGAUGCAAUUGCAGCAGCAGCAGCAGCAGCAGCAACAACAACAGAUGCAACAGAUGCAGCAGCAGCAACUCCAGCAGCACCAAAUGCAUCAGCAAAUCCAGCAGCAGAUGCAGCAGCAGCAUUUCCAGCACCACAUGCAGCAGCACCUGCAGCAGCAGCAGCAGCAUCUCCAGCAGCAAAUUAAUCAACAGCAGCUGCAGCAGCAGCUGCAGCAGCGCCUCCAGCUGCAGCAGCUGCAACACAUGCAGCACCAGUCUCAGCCUUCUCCUCGGCAGCACUCCCCCGUCGCCUCUCAGAUAACAUCCCCCAUCCCUGCCAUCGGGAGCCCCCAGCCAGCCUCUCAGCAGCACCAUUCGCAAAUACAGUCUCAGACACAGACUCAAGUAUUAUCGCAGGUCAGUAUUUUCUGAAGACGCAUGUGGCAGAUGGAUUUGCGUAUACCGAGGAGAGUGGCAUAGGAGGGAAAAGCAUAUGUGGCUGAAACCUGUAAGUUGGUGUUGGUUAUGCAGACAUGUGUAACAGAUCAAACGGUCCUCUCAAGUGUCUAUUAGAUAGGCAAUAAGAACUGCAGUGUAGCUGAGUAACAUCUUUUAGCUGACUAUAAAUCACUUUGUUUUUAAACAAGAAAAGCUGUGCUCUUUUAUGUGAUGCCUUUUUUAUUUAUUCAGGCUAUACCUACAAUAUGUGAAUCAAACUGUUUAAUGAAUCCUGGGACAUACUGAUGACUAUAAACUGGCCUCUCUGAGUCAUAGAAAAAUGGCCUUAUUUCUCCAGAAGUGAGUAAACCACACUUCCAGGCUAUCUGAACUUCUGAAGCCCUAAAAAUAAAAAGCACAGUUGUAACUACCUGAAAUAUGAAGAUCCAGUUUCAUACAAACAUUUGUAUGACGUGAAUAGUUGAUGGCAUUUUUUUGUCAUGAAAAAAAUAGUGUAAAUCACAGACUUUUGCCAAAGCUCUUAUUUUUUUUUCCUAAAUCUCUCCAGAAAAAAAAUGCAAGUGAUUAAAUUCAAUUAUUGACUAAUUUCCACUUUUUAUCCAUGACUUCUCCAAAUCAAACCACAGUAUAUGUUGUAACAAUAUCUAUGACCACUGUUAGCCCAUUAUAUUCAUUCCAAUUAGAAGAAAAGAAAUGUGAAUAUUAUAUUCCGUGUUUUGAGUGAGAAGUUUCGAAAAAUAAAAACACUGUAUUUUUAAAAGGGAAAUGCACUUAAAUGAAAACAGUUAUUACAAAAGUUAAGAUUUAAAAAGAAAAAGCAAGAGUUUUUAUUAUGAUGUAAUACCAGUAGAAUAUUUAAAAGGCACACCACAUCUGAAUAAUCAAUGUAAAUAUUUUCUUUCAAAGUUGUAAGUUUUCAUAUCAUGUGCUGUAAAGUUUUCCUAAAUGAGGCUUUAACGUAAACACUGGUGACAUAAACCAUUCAUUGCUAUGUUGCUUAUUGUGUUUUUAUGCUGUUUUAUACUUUUUUAUGAGUUAUGAUAGCAGCAAUUAAGUUGUUUGUAUUUUGCUUAACUAAAACAAAAAUGCUUUUAUCUUGCUAUAGAAUAAACACAUUUCAGUAAAAACUGUGGACUGUAUUUUGAUGCAACAACAAAGAAACUGUUCACUUUUCAAAUAAAAUGAUAUGUCAGAUUUCA